GGUAUAUGGACAGUGCAAAGCUGCUAUCUUCAUCAAUAAGGUGCAUAGAGUGGAGCGCCUCUACAAAUACAGCUGUGUUAUCAGACCAGGUACAGUGAUGGGGGGCUGUGCCGGCUGUCCAGGUUCAGCUCGCAAUCAUGAAGAAGCUGAAAUUCAGAAGACUGUGACCCAGUCUCUGGAGAAAUUCCACAACCAGAGCAGGCCGGCUAAUCGUUUCACUCUGCUCAAAAUCUCCCGUGCUACUUCACAGGUUGUAGCAGGUACGAAUUACGAUGUGGAAUACACCAUCCAGGAGACCACCUGCCCCCACAGCACAGAAACAGUGACGGCUGAGAACUGCCCCCCUAUGGACUGCGAGUUUGCUCACAAAGGCUUCUGUAAGGCAACCCGCCACCGGCCUCUCUGGGGUGAAGGACAAGUCGACGUCGACUGUGAGAUCUUUGAGCCUGACGCAUCUGAGAGGGAGAAGCAGCUCCACCUGCUGGGUGUAGAGACUGAACACACCCAUGAUGACACACACUCACACAGUCACCUGCAUGAACACGAGCACAGCCAUGGGCACAGACUUGGGGCCACACCCCACAAAGACCCAGAGGGAAUAGUAACAGUCUUGCCUGCCCUGGACCAGCCUGUGACCCUGCCUUCCUUCCCCGAUGUCCCCGCCGGUGGGCCUGGAGUUGGAGUCACUCUUCCACUUAAGCCCGACCCUCAGAUUCCUGGAGAAAUGGAACCCAUCAUCGAGCCUUUCCCAACCUCAGUCUCUUCCCAGUGCCCCACCAAAGUGGGAGGAGAUCAAGGUGUGGUAAACCUCUUUGCUAGGGACCCCAUAUUCAAGCCAGCUGCAUAGUGUGGUGCAUGAAACUGAUCUCAGAAAUACACACAAAGGCUCAAGUGUGAUGAUGUUAUAUUACACAGUGAAUAUCAGUGAUUGCUAACUUUUUCUGUCACUGUAAUAAAGACAAUGUGCAAAAAAUA